AUGGAUGACAUUAAUGAUCAGAGCAACAAUGGAGCCAAUGCUGUAAGACGUCGGAUCAACCGUCAAGCACUGGGUGAACAAGCUGGAGACACCUACAUGGAAUGCGGACGACACGUUUCUCUCUCAGCUGGUCGCUACACCGUUGAUGGUUUUAGUGAGUUUCUCAAAGGUGCAGCGGGUGAAAACCCCAUGCGUUGCGCCGCAUGUGGCUGCUACAGCAGCUUCCAUCGCAAAGUGGUUCCGACCCAUUUCCGAAACGCCGAACACUACCACUUGUUCAAAUACAUCGGUUUCGUUCGUCCAGUGCCACAGCCUCUACAGCCACCUCUACCUCUCAUGCCCCAACCAGAAAUGCCCCAUGAGCUCAUUGCUGAAAGCAGAAGUGAAGAAGAAAGGUCAGCGACUGAUGAAGAAAGUGAAGAAAUAUCAGAAUUAGACAGUGAAAUUGAUGAUGAGGAAGUUGAAAUCAUUAAUGGAGGAGACAUUGACAGCAAGGAAUUAGACUAA